AUGCCUUCCCGACAGUCGACCGUGCCCAAUCUCGACUUAGGCUCGUUGAAAGUGGACUCAAAUAACGGAAAACUUUCGUCGCCUAUCACACCCGGUGCGCAAAGUUCCGAUUUGCCUAGCCCCUUAUCACCCUCCUCGCCCAAGUCCGCGUCCAGCUCUCCGCUGUUCAAGGGUGCCACUAUCCGUCCGGUCACCCAAGAUAGCAGCAAGGUGAACAGCCCGACAAUUCCAACCUCGCCGGGGUCCUUGGCAGCCGAACCCCCAACUCCUGGUCUGACGGCCAUUCCUCAACAUUUUCCUUCAUCCAAGGACUCGUCAAAACACAGUCGCGAUGCUUCCAAAUCAUUCUUCGGCACGCUAAAGGCCCCCAAAACGUCUCAUCGCCCGCAAAGAUCAGAUGGUUCAGAUCACUCGACCGAGCCCCCCAAGAGUCGGGGAAGCUCUCGGGAUCGCAAAUCGUACAUGCCACCCAAACUAUACGAGUCGAGUCCCGACCUGCCGACUGUGAUUGCCCAAGCAGGGGAGAGCGAGAAGAGUGAGAAGAAUGGACACCAAACGAGCGAAAGCAGUACGCAACAAACCGGCCACAAGAAAGCAGGAACCGAUCCGGAGCAGGCAGCCUCGAAAAAGAUGAAACCAAGAUUCGGCAACCUCCUGGGCCGCUCUCGGUCAAUUCGUGUCGAUGAAUCUUCCGGCAAUCGCGCCGCCGGCCGCCGACCUUCGACUGGUCUAGCGAAAUUGGAAGAAUUCAGCCAGAAGGAUACGACCACUGCACCGCAUCAUGCAACAGUGCGCCCUGAACGACCUCCGCAAGGUGGCCUGCAACCUCCUCCUAGCCGCGGAGGAGAUGGUCAUUCCUUGCGAAAGGAGAGAAGCCACGGGGGAUCUAUGGUGACAUCAGGCUCGUUGAGCCAAGUUUCUGGUGCAUCAGCCGCUAUUUUCAACAACCUCAAGCAAUCAUCGUCCGGUGCGGCAGAUCGUCUAGGCAAGGCUGGAAAGGGAUUCUUCGGCAAGAUUACUCGGAGCGGAAGCACGAACGAGCGCGAGCUGAUCAACGACGACAACUACGUCUGCUCUGUGAUCAACCUUCCGCUGAUACAGCAAGCGAGGAAGACUCGUAUCUGCAAGAAGCUGGAAGCCUGCCGCGACAAAACCGAGUUCUGGAUGCCCGCGCUUCCAUAUCGUUCUAUCGAUUAUCUCAACUUCAAGGGUUGCGAGGAGGAAGGGCUAUACCGAGUACCAGGAAGUGGCCGAGAAGUCAAGCACUGGCAAAGGCGGUUCGAUACAGAAUUAGACAUCGAUCUUUUCGAUGUUCCGGACCUCUAUGAUAUCAACACGAUUGGAUCUAUGUUCAAGGCUUGGCUCCGUGAACUCCCCGACGAGCUGUUCCCCAAAGCGACCCAAGACAUGAUCGCCGAGAAGUGCGAGGGCGCUACAACGGCUCCGCAAUUGCUGAAGGACGAACUCUCCAAAUUACCACCUUACAACUACUACCUCCUCUUCGCCAUCACCUGCCAUCUCAAUCUCCUCCACUCAUAUGUGGAUCAAAAUAAAAUGGACUAUCGCAACCUCUGCAUUUGCUUCCAACCCUGCAUGAAGAUCGACGCAUUCUGCUUCCAAUUCCUGGUCUGCGACUGGAAGAAUUGCUGGCAGGGCUGCUGGACCGAGAAAGAGUACGUGCAAAAAGAGAAGGAAAUGGACGAGGCAGAACAGAAGGCUGUUGCAGAGAAAAACACCGCCAGCCGAAGCAGGCCCGAUCUUCCCCAGUCUUCAUCCAGUCACGAACGCGCCGUCUCCUCAAGUUCCAGCUCGCAGGCCGAAGAGGAACGACCUCGACCAAAAACUCGUGGUGAGGCUCGACCAGAAACCCGGAGUGAGUCUCGACCUGAGACUCGGGGCGAACCUCGAACCCGAAAGGCAAAGCCCAAUAACAUUGAGACCGCCCAUACACGAAGCAUUUCUCAGCUCCCGGAACUCGGACCUCCCCUUUCUCCCAUCAAAAUCUAA